CCAAUCGCUCACCAUUCUGCAGAAUAAGGACCAGAACUUUACAGAGGUAAACUGUGUCAGUUCUUUUACUAUUACAGCAGUUCGUCGUGGCCCUGUAGUUCGCCUCCUUCACCAAAGCUCUGUCAGGGACCUACAUGAAGGAUGCCAUCACUCAGAGAGACACUUUGACCUGUCCAGCUCUCUCAUCGGACUCAUAGACGGCAGCUUUGAGAUGGGUUUCAACAAUAACAUUGAGUUGCUUGAGAAUUCAUGUAGUAAAAACCAGAUACAGACUACAGUGUGAUCCAUUUUUUUUGUGGUUCAAUCAGAGUCUGCUCUCAAUACUGUCCAGUUUUAUAGUUGUUCCUAUUAAUUGAUUGACUGGCGUUUGUCCAUGACUCUACUGUCAAACCCCUAACAUUGUUGUAUUUGAUGCUAUGUUGUUGUAGUCUAGUAUCCAAACUGAUAUGCCAUUUUUAGUAGAAAAAAUAACAGUGUUUAUAAUUUGCUAUUCCUGACUACUGCAGUGUUGUGGUUUCUUGCAGGUGACCUGCUGUUCCUGGCUGUGGUCAGCCAUUUUGGGGCGAAGCUGCACCGGCCCAGGUUCAUUGCUAUGGGCUGUUUCCUCAUGGCUGUAGGAUCCUUCCUCACAGGCCUGCCACACUUCUUCAUGGGACGGGAGAAAAUCAAGUGAGUUUGACAAACUCCAGAAGGAGAACUCACAGAUGAAGAGCGUCAUCGAAAACCUGAGGAAGCAAAACAUGGCUUUAAACCAACAGGAUGACCAGGACAAGUUUUCAAGUUUUGGCUAUCAGGAGAGCUACCCAAUCCCAGAGGGCCAUCGUGGCUUCAUCAGUGAUGCCAGACUUCUGCAGAUGCAGAGAGCUGAAAGAGAGGCCAUGGAAGCAAAGCAAAGAAAGAUAAGUGCUAUCCAUGAGAAUUAUGUCCGGACUGCUCUCAUCGGGGUUGGCAGCACCACCACUUCGUCCCCUCUAUUCAGUGCAUUCCGCGGCCGAAAGCUCCACAGAGGCCUUUGCCACGAAGGUUUGAACACACAGCUCUGGCCCCACUGAAGAACGUGGUGGGGGUGGAAGGAGCCCAAGUUCGACCUGGAUCUCACUCUCUGGAGUCCAUCCAGGUAAGUAAGUCAUUCAGCAGCAGUAGCGUGUGGCCUGUUCCCGUCCCUCCCACUGGAGCUCCCUCCAAGAGGGGCAAGAAGAAGAAGGGCAGGCGGGGAGUCAAAGCCCUGAAAGUCCAGUCGGACCAGGGCUGUACUGACAACAACGGACCCAUUGACCUGAUGGAGGAGGUGAGGGACAUCGAGCCUCACCUGAAGGAGGAGGCCUGGAAGGUGGUACAUGAGGUGAAGUUUGGGCUCGGACAUGUCCAUGGGGGAAAUAGCCACCAGCUCUCUGGGAAGCCUGAGCUCAGUGGAUAUGAACACCCCUGCGGAGCUCCGUGACUACUUGGAUGUUGGGACCCCGGUCAAGUUGCGUGACAGCCCACCCAGGCCUGCUCCCCCUCCUACCAAGCCCAGGAGCAAACAGCCUCGGCCUAUAAGGUUCCUUAGCCUGCCAAAGGCUGCCACCGGCUCAGACAAGAUGGCAGCCAGUGAGCCAAAGGGUCAAAUUAAGAACCAGGCCAGAUUGCAGCCCCUGUCCAACCCAGAGCAGGCCCUGACUAAGACCUUCAAGCUGCUCCACUCUGCCUCUGAUGACUGGGAGAAGAAGAUCGAGGGCUUGACCACUCUCCGUGUGAUGGCUCAGAACCACAUGGACAUACUGAUGCCUAAACUCCUUGAUAUCUGCCUUGCCAUUAUAAAUGAGGUGAAGAACCUGCGCUCUGCAGUGUCCUGUGCUGCCAUGGCCACACUGGGUGACAUGUACGUCCACCUCCAGAGGGCCAUGGACAGUGAGGUGGAGGGGACGGCACACGUGCUGCUGCACAAAGCCAGCGAGGCCAACGCCUUCAUCCGGCAGGGCGCCAACUUUGCCUUGGGUCACAUGGUGCAGAGCUGCACCCCUACCCGUGUCAUGAAUGCCCUGCUGGUCGGUGGGCUGAGCCACCGUAACGCUGCGGUGAGGAGCUGCACUGCUCAACACCUGGAGAGACUGGCUGAGGUCAUGGGGACGGCUCGUCUCCUGUCGGGGAAGAAAGACCUCACUGACCGUUUCUUGAUUGCCGUCAGUAAACUGGCUGUGGACCCUUCACAGGAAGUCAGGCAUCAUGGUCGCAAUAUCUUGAGAAACGUGGCCACCAAUGGCGACUUUGCUAAAAUGUGGGACAAAUUCGCUCCGAGGAAAGAGCGAGAAUCCUUGAGGGAGGUCAUCUCAAAGGUUAACCUCAAAGAAAGGAAUAUCUGAAUCAUCCCCAACUUGACUAUAAAUUUGUAUGUAAAUAUUUGCACAUUUCCCAACUUGACUAUUAUCCCCUCCAGCCCCCAAACUCCAAUAUUUUAGUUAAUUCUAAGAAAUUUGACACUAUCAUCCAACCCCCAUGUAAAUGUAUCUUUAAACUGCAUUGACUCCUUGUCCAAGUCCUGAAUCCACUAUAAGGCCAUAUGAACCACAUUCAAAGCACUAAAUUACCUUUCCUCGAAGCUCCUAUCUGAUCUACCAGCUCAAUAGUGGUCUACUGAAACCAUACUCACCAUCUCAGGGGGUGCUCAGAUCAUCAACCACUGACCUCCACACCAUCCUCAAAACCAGCAGUCCUCUUUUGGAGGCAGAUUGGUCAGUGCUCCUGUAUGGCACCAACAUUGUGGAUUUUCAUCCAAUACUUCUGGACUAUGAGAACAUUCUUUGGACAAUAAAAUUAGGUAAAAUGGAAGCUGGCUACAGUCUCAGUUUUAUCCUCCAAGACAGUGUGAGGAUGUGUAACAACAAUACCUGUGGUUUAACUUGAUGAUCAGGGCCAGAUUACCGAAAGGGCACGCAGGGCACCUGCCCUGUGGGCCCCGACCUCCAGGGAAUAUCAUCAUAACAUCCAAAACUAAAAAAAUUGUGGAUGUAUAUUACAGUACGUGGACGUUU